UUUUAGUACAACGCAAAUCUGUUAUUGGGUUGACGUGUGUGAUAAAUUUAAGUGCAAACAUACGAUACUUCUUCGAAAUGUUUUUACUGGCCGUAAAUAAAAAAAAAUAAAGUGAAUAUAGACUUUAUGUGCUUCAAUUAAGGAAUUAUGAAUAUAUAUGAUUUAAAUUCGAAAACAAUGAUGUUCCAAAUAGUUUUCGAAAUGAAAAUCCGGUAUGUGCCAUUUUCAAUUGCGUGCAUAGUGAGGUGAAGUGAUGACCUGGACUAAGGAGUUGGAUGAGGCAUCGGUCCUCGCCACUCGUAGUGGGUGCUGGCAUAUUGUACUGUUCUACUUACUGUGUGGAUUAGCUGCUAUACCGACCUCAUUUUUGGUCUUCUCUCAGGUCUUCACAAACGCUACUCCGGAACACUGGUGCGCUGCGCAAACAGAACUAAUAAACUUGGGGUUCAGUGAACAUGAUCUAAAGCCACUGAUGGUGCCAAGAAAGCUGGAAGUCUUCGACUCUUGUCACGCUUACUACAUCAAAGACGUCGAUUUGUUGGUGGCAAAGUUGAAAGAGGAGAUAGAAUAUAAUAGAGGCGCCGGUGGAGGGAAUCCAGUCGAGAAACUGGACCAAAACAAGAGCAAUAUCAUCCUAUCACUCAGGAGUAAUGAGACGACUGCUUGCAGGAACGGAUGGUAUUAUAGCAAGGAACACUAUGAGAGCACGCUCGUUACUCAGUUUUCUCUGGUGUGCGACAAUGAUUGGCUGCCGAGAACGAGCAACACCCUUUUUUGGGUCGGUUCAAUAUUCGGCAACCUCUUCUUCGGCUGGAUGUCUGAUAGAUACGGCCGUCGCCCGACCAUUCUGCUCAUGAUCCUCCUGGAAGUGCCCCUGGCCAUCGCAGUAGCCUUCCCUGGCUCCUACUGGACGUACAUCGUACUCCGAGUGGUGUCCGGCUUGUUCUUCCCGGCUCUGUACCAGCUGCCAUAUGUGCUGGCCCUCGAGUUGAUGCCGCCGUUGAGAAGAACUUACACUGGUAUAGUGGUCAGUAUGCUGUUCGCCAGUGGUAUGUGUCUCUUGGCUUUGCUUGCCUUUCUCGUCAAGGAUUGGUUCUACCUAUCACUGUCUACGACAAUGCCAUUUAUACUACUAUAUGGAUAUUACUGGUUGAUACCGGAAUCUCCACGGUGGCUGGUGAGCAGGGGCCGGAUAGCUGAUGCGGAGAAAGUCUUCAGAAACAUGGCCAGGAAAAACUCGAUCGAGCUGCGACGUGGCUUCUUGUUGGACAUACAUAAAAGAAUCAAAGAUGAGCAAGAAGCAGAAGUAACAAUGUUGUGCAAUUUAAAUGGCCAUAUCAUUGGUUACCAAGAUCAGUUUCCAAGGGACGACUACAUGGAUAGAAGAAUAAGCAACAUGCUGACUUUUAAUCCAGACAACAACAUAAUAACUGAAACUGAUGAAUCAAAAACUGAAAAUCUUGAACGUAUCAUUGCAUUAGAAGUAGCUGAUAUAGUAAAUAAAAAAGCAAAAGCAAAAACACGUAGAGAUAGCGCCAAAGACGAUGAAAUUAGAAACGAAACUGAAGAAUCUCUUUUCAAUACAGGAUUGAAUGAAAAAUCAACGCAAACCGACAGUUUUACAAAAUCACCAGCAAGUACACUUAGAAGAAAGUCAAUGCAGAUUGUGAAUAAAAUAUUCGCUAAAGAUUAUCAAGACGAUGAAAUAAUGGAGAAUAAGAAAAUGGACGAUGAGAAUUCUGAAGGAGAUUGUAAAGCAUCUCCGUUGGAUAUUUUCAGAUAUCCUAAUAUUAGAAAGAAAUUCUUAAUUCUUACUUUCAAUUGGGUAGCUUUAGGGGUUGUAUAUAAUAGUUUAAGUUAUAAUACGCCUAAUUUAGGAGUAGAUGAUUAUUUAGCAUUUUUCAUAGGAGGGGCAGUAGAAUUGCCCUCUUACGUAAUAUCGUGGCGAUGUAUGGACAAAUUCGGAAGGAGAUGGGUGCUCUUCAUUUUCAUGUUGAUCGGAGGUCUGGCGUGUCUUAGCUGCGCUUUCGUACCAGAAUCCAUGCCGUGGGUCACAGUGUCCCUAUCGAUGCUGGGUCGAUUUUUCAUUGCAGCAGCCUUUGCAGUAUUCUACGUACAGAUUGGAGAACUUCUACCAACAGUUCUGAGGUCUCAGGCUAUGGGAGCAUCAUCGUUUAUAGCUGGACUGGGGCUGCUAGCAUGCCCUUAUAUUGUACAUUUGUCAGUCUACUCUAAGAGCCUCCCGCUGACGAUCAUGGGAAUCUUCAGUCUUGCCGGCGGCAUCACCUCGCUGUUCCUGCCAGAGACUCUCAACCAGCCUCUACCGCAGACCCUGGGAGAUGGGGAAAUCUUUGGUAGAAACUUCAAGAUUUUGAGCUGUGUCCAGCCUACUAAAGUUUAAUAAUGAGACAAUCCAUCUCGUCUGGUUUCGCCCUAAAGUAGCACCAUUCCUUGUCCUCGCGUGGAUAUCACACUUAACCACACAGCCUUGGUAGUUCAUGGGAAAAAAAUGUAUUCCCUAGGAAGGUUGGUAGUAAAACUACACCCGAAACUUAAAAAUUUUGAGGUUUAUUUGAAAUUAAUUUUGUUAAUUGACGUCUUUGGAGAAAAGGCUGCGGUGAAGUUUGUUGCGCCACUUCUUCUUCACCUGCGCUUUGGAAGUCGGCGGGAGACUUAGUUUAAGUAAUUUUUUGACGUCAAUAAGCGAUGUAUAUUAUCCUAAAUUGAAUAAAGAAUUUCGAAUUUUGGGAUUUCUCAAAACCCGUGAACUGUGAACUCAUGAAGAUAAGAGCUCUCUGUUUAAUAAGAAAACUUUUUUAUAAUUUUAUUGUCAAGCGUCUAUAGGUACUUGUGGAUCGACUAUUCUAUUUGAUCUGAUAGGACCCAUUUUUACAAGGAAACGUCAACCAUAGACUUUGGGAGAUCGAGGGCACUCAAAGUUACGAGAAACUUGAGCUAUCUUGAGUGUUCUUUGAGAUCUAUCUAUUCGCUAUUGUCUCCUACAUAAUAACAUCGCUACUUUGUCUAACAUUCCUUAUGAUAUCACAAUUUUAUGCUCAAAAUAAUAUUUGUACAUACGUGUCAAUUUUUAAACUAUAUUUAGAUAAUUUUAGUUCAUGAUUAUAUGUAAAUAAAUACUUAACUUACAUAACAUUACUGGGUGAAUUUCACGACACAGUUUGAACACGGCGUGUAGCGUUUCAUUAGUGUCGAUGUGUCGUAUCGUGUAGUGUGAUUUUAAAUUAACCAUUUAUAAAAUUAACAUUGUACCAGUACUUUACUUAUUUAUAAAAUAGGAUAAUUAAAUUGAUUAUUGUGUAUAGUACAAUUUAAUAAACACUAAUGAUAGCCCGCGACGGAGUUUUAAACGCUCUUGAAAUUCACCCUACUAUAUAUAUAUUCAUAAGUUCUAUAACGUGAAAUGUAAAUAAAAUUAAUUUGAAUAAUAAGUAAAAUGUGAAAACAUUAAUUAUGUGUAUCAGUACUUUUAAUAAAUUA